AUGGAGCUGGUCCAUACGGCCAUCUUGGAAUACUUUCAGUACAUCAUGCUUUCUCACCGUUGGGGUGAAGACGAGCCAUCAUUGCGCGACAUCGAGGGCCACCUGAUAUAUGAUAUGUCAGAAAAGGAGGGCUUUGAAAAGCUGCAAACCUUCUGCGUUGUUGCCUGUGAGCGAGGUUUUCUGUGGGCAUGGAGUGACACGUGCUGCAUAGACAAAGACAGCAGUGCUGAGUUGCAAGAAGCCAUAGGAUCGAUGUUUGCGUGGUAUCGACGAUCUUCCCUAACCAUUGUGUAUCUCUCUGAUGUUCCAGAUACCGGUUCGUUCGAGAGCAGCGAAUGGUUCAGACGUGGGUGGACCCUCCAAGAACUACUGGCCUCCGGAAACAUAUUAUUCUACACUCAAUCCUGGUCACUCUACAAGAACCUCACAUCUUCGAACCAUAAAACCGAUAUCGCGGUGCUGGAAGAGCUGGAAAGGGCGACUGGAAUAGAGUCCCGGUUUCUCACUCACUUUUCCCCAGGUACGGAUGACGCUCGUUCGAGACUCCAAUGGGCGUCAUUACGUCGUACCACGCGGCCUGAGGAUAUCGCCUAUUCACUUUUUGGGAUCUUUAAUCUUCACCUUCCCGUUCUGUAUGGUGAAUCUGCUGAGAACGCUCUUGGGCGUCUCCUGGCCGAAAUCAUUUCACAGUCUGGGGAUAUCUCAGUUCUGGAUUGGGUUGGGGAUGCGUCG